AUGUCUUUCCCUCGCCCCCGUUCAGCGUGUAGCACGAGCUGCGAUCUCCCGCUGCGCCCGCAACUGCCUGACAAAUGCCUGCUGGAAGAGGUGUGUCCAAUAGGGGAGGCGUCGUCAUCGCCAACGCUAUCCAGCCGUAUCCGUGCCGAGCUGGCAGUCCAGUCUCUACUGGCAGGCUGCGCUGACAAGCUGCAUCCGGUCGGCAAUAACUACGAGGUUCACGGGAUAUGGACGCCGGGAUUGUUCCGUUCGCCCGGCACCGAGCGGCGUGUGUCGCUGGAACUGCAGCAUUUGAAGCCGGAGCAGCCGCUCGACCGGCCCAUCGUCAUAGCGAUACUGGCCGACGUCGAAGACGUGGGCAACAUGACCGUGGAAAUCGACACCAGCUGGUUGAACGUGACCACGCACAGUCUGACCAUAUUGGUUUCCCAGGGCAUAACCCUCUGCCAUAGUGGGCGACAUGCCGUGGAGAUCAUCAGCAAUGCCAUGCGGAAGCCGUCGGAAGCGUUCAGGUGGCUGUGGAACCGCCAUGGUCUGGUGCAUACGUUUGUUGCAGGACUCAAUCGGCACCUGGACUCCAAUAUUGAUCACCUGACCAUACAUAUUGGAAACGGUUAUGACCCGAAGGACGAUUCGACACCUACCUGGUCCUGUAACAAUGUGUCCAAAUCACACGGAGCGCAAGAGAUGGAACUGAAGCUGUUGUCAUUCUUGAGCAUUCGCCGACUGUCACGCGUCCGAAAUGCCAAGCCGGCGCAAACAUUCACCGGAUGUGCCAUCCCAGCAUCCACGGCCACGCAGUGUCCCACGUACAACAUUCUUCAGUCGACCAAUCGUCACCUGUUUGUCCUCGAGGUGGCCGCGCCGUACGAUCCGAUGCGUCCGGCCGUGAAAACAACUGACCUGUCCAAGAAGCUGAUUGUGGAAGUGGACAUUGUGGCUCGACUGGCCAAGACCUCACACCACAUCACAGUCAAUGUGGUGUUGAUAAACCGAUCGCAAGAACCAGUCCACUGGGACAUUGGUGGAUACGGUCUCACCAACCAGUCAACACUAGUUAUCAAGCUGACGGGAGGAAAAUCCACGGUGUCAUUCGGCCCGGCUUACAAAGCCAAGUUCUCCGUAGACUGGCUGCCCGGCCACUACCACUUGGUGAAGGGCCAUCAGCUGUUGGAUAUUCUCCAGAGAGACCUUCGCACUACACUCACAGCGUAUGGCAAAACGACACAUGCUGAUCUGUUUGAGCUGUUUGUGCCCGACACCGGGCAGGAGGGGGCGGCGGACGAACGCUGCCAGGAGACGUACGCCAAGCAGCCCACCACGUGUAGCCAGCUGCACAGCACGGUUCAGGCGCAGUGCGACGGCGACCUGUUCACGGUUGCUGUGAGCCUGCCCGGAGUACAGCGACUAGGCUGGAACACCGCUGGUAUGACGGUGACGCUGGGCGAGCAGCGAGAAUGCAAGCUAGAGGCGGUGCUGCAGGGCGUUGGCACUGGCGGUGGCGGCGGCGGUGGCAGUGGCGGGGACAAGAGAGUUCUGUCGUUGAGCGUUGGCCACGCCAAGUGCGGCAUUGUCAAGCGAGACAAGGGUGUUCUCAAGUCUGAGAUCGUCUUCAGGAAUGUGAGGUGUCCAAUUGAGAAUUGCCCGGAUGGCAACGGCGGUGCUGGUGCCGGUGAUGAAGUCAAUACUCGGUGUGGCGAGUAUCGUGAGAACUACCGAGUGCCCGUCAGGUGCAACCUGGAAAAACGGGCACUCAAGACGGGCCGGCUGACAGCGUACCGGAGUGAAAGUUUUUAACUCCACACAGAUCAUGGGCAGCAGCACGGGUUGGCCAGAGAAUCUACUUUGAGCUGGACGCCGGUGAAAAAGUGUCAAAGCGAGGUCUAAUGGUCUAUCCAGUGGAUUGUAAAUUCCAGUCAUCGUCUGGCAGUCCAAGACCAGUGAUCCAGAAUGGGUG